UAUACAAGAUGGCCACGUUUUGGUCCUUCGUCACUUCCUUCCUUACACUCAAGGAAGGAAAUCAAAACAAACACAACCGAAAAGUGUUGGAACACGUGUAGACUACAUUUCCAUUGUUUGUGAUACAGAAAGCGUAUUUAAAGACCCGUCGCUUUACAGUCAUAUUUCUUCAGACGACAAAAAAAACCCUGACUGCUUUUUUGGAUACGUCGAAAAAGUGGAGUUUCAAGGUCUGUAGAACACUUCUUAGAUGCCCUCUGCAGAAGUCAGCUGUCCACUUCAGAUGAUGAGGAACAUCAAAGAAGAGACGGAGGAGUUCAGAUUAGCUGAUUCUCCUGAACAACUGAACAUAAAAGAAGAGAGAGAAGAAUUCCCUGGUUUUUCCUCCCAGCUGAACAUGAAAGAAGAGACAGAGGAGUUCAGAUUAGCUGAUUCUCCUGAACAACAGAACAUAAAAGAAGAGAGAGAAGACUUCCCUGGUUCUCCAUCCCAGCUGAACAUGAAAGAAGAGAGAGAAGAGUUUCCUGCUUCUACAGAACAGCUGAAUGCAAAGGAAGGAAGAGAAGAGUUCCCUGAUUCUUCAUCCCAGUUGAACAUAAAAGAAGAGACAGAGCAGUUCCCUGGUUCUCCACCUCAGCUGAGGAGCGUAAAAGAGGACAGAGAGGAGACCCUGCGUUCUCUGUACAGUCUGAGGAGCGUAUCUGUAGUGCUGGUGGACUGCUGUAGACCACAAGGACGGCAGGAGAACGAUGAAGAGAAUCACAGAGAUGCCGAGCCAAGGAAGAGAUCUGGGCACCUGCUACUCUGCAGUUCCAGCGGAGCGGAGUUUAGUGGAAAAACACAUUCUGCUGCCUUCACUACACAGAGGCCGUACCCUUGCAGCCAGUGUGACAAGAGCUUUAAGAGAAAAUAUAAGCUCCAAAGGCACCAGCGUGUUCACACAGGGGAGAAACCAUUUUCAUGCACUGACUGUGGAAAAACUUUCUCACUUUCUUCUAACCUCCACAGACAUCGGCGCUUUCACACGGGAGAGAAGCCGUACGCUUGCAGCCAGUGUGACAAGAGCUUUAAGAGAAAAGAACAUCUCCAGAAUCACCAGCCUGUUCACACAGGGGAGAAACCAUUUUCAUGCACUGACUGUGGAAAGAGUUUCACACAUUCCUCUGCCCUCCACACACAUAAUCGUAUUCAUACUGGAGAGAGGACGCAUUCUUGCAAUCAGUCUGAAAAGAUCUUUAGGACAAAACAAAAUCUCAGAAACCACCACCGUGUUCACACAGAGGAGAAAACAUCUUCAUGCUUAGACUGUGAAAAGACUUUCUCAACGGCUACUAAACUCCAGCUGCAUCGCCGCAUUCACACAGGAGAGAAGCCGUACGCUUGCAGCCAGUGUUACAAGAGCUUUAAGAGAAAAGAUGAUCUCCAAAUCCACCAGCGUUUUCACACAGGGGAGAAACCAUUUUCAUGCACUGACUGUGGAAAGAGUUACUUCCGGUCUUCUCACCUCAACACACAUCGCCUUAUUCACACUGGAGAAAAGCCAUAUGUUUGCAGCCAGUGUGACAAGAGCUUUAAGACAAAAAGAGAGCUCCAAAUCCACCAGUCUGUUCACACAGGGGAGAAACCAUUUUUAUGCACGCACUGUGGAAAGAAUUUCUCAACGGCUACUAAACUCCAGCUGCAUCGCCGCAUUCACACUGGAGUGAAGCCGUACGCUUGCAGCCAGUGUGACAAGAGCUUUAAGACAAAACAGGUGCUCAAAACCCACCAGCGUCUUUACACAGGGGAGAAACCAUUUUCAUGCACUGACUGUGGAAAGAGUUUCUUGCAGUCUUCUCACCUCAACACACAUCGCCUUAUUCACACUGGAGAAAAGCCAUAUGUUUGCAGCCAGUGUGACAAGAGCUUUAAGACAAAAAGAGAGCUCCAAAUCCACCAGUCUGUUCACACAGGGGAGAAACCAUUUUUAUGCACGCACUGUGGAAAGAAUUUCUCACGGUAUACUACCCUCCAUGCACAUCGUCGCAUUCACACUGGAGAGAGACCGUACGCUUGCAGUCAGUGUGACAAGAGCUUUAAGUCAAAAGCAGAGCUCCGAAGACACCAGCGUGUUCACACAGGGGAGAAACCAUUUUCGUGCACUGACUGUGGAAAGAGUUUCUCACAGUCUUCUCACCUCCACACACAUUGUCGCAUUCACACUGGAGAAAGGCCGUACGCUUGCAGUCAGUGUGACAAGAGCUUUAAGUCAAAAACAGAGCUCAAAAUGCACCAACGCGUUCACACAGGGGAGAAGCCAUUUUCAUGCAUAGAUUGUGGAAAGAGUUUUUUGUCAUCUUCUAAACUCCACAAACAUCGUCGCAUUCACACUGGAGAGAAGCCGUACGCUUGCAGUCAGUGUGACAAGAGCUUUAAGUCAAAACACCAGCUCCAAAUGCACUGGUCAGCCUGUUCACACAGGGGAGAAACCUGUCUUUUAACCUUACAAGAUACACUUGAUUGA